GCAUACAAUACAAAAACCACAAUUGGCGGAGUUCAUACUCGGAGGGAAGUUUCUUGUGAAAGGGGUUUCUUCAACCUCCUCGGAUUCUUUUGACUUUGAGAGCUAAGAAAAGGAACAUCAAUUCAUUUGGAAAGGAAGAAUGGCGUUACGUUUUGGUUGUAUGUAUUAUGAAAUUGGGUCUCAAACGUGGAGGCAUAAUCGAGGAGAUGAAUGGGCAGAUUUAAGCUUUGUUAGUUCUUGUUGUGAAAAUACAGUCUACUAUACAGUUAGGAAUGAGAGCUCCAAACAGCUCGAGAGUUUGGGCAUCAAAACAGGAAACAAAAAUCUAUUUGUUUCUCAAGGCAUAGUCUGUAUGCGAUGAGGAUAUGGAAGAAUUAAUAGAGUUUAGAAGUCACAUCCUUGAUUCCUUUUAGAUGUAAUAUGAACUUUUGAAAAACCCAUUUCACCUAACUCCUAAUUUCCAUAAGUGGCUAUACUGUCAUAUUUCUUUUAAGCAAAUUCUUCUAGUAGGUCUAGGAAGGCAAGAAUGAAAAACAAGAGAUUUGCUUUAUUUAUUGGGAAUUGGGAGACACAUACAGAAUAGUCUUGACGCUUCCAUUUCAAUUCAAGCAUAUAGGGAGGGGCACUAGCUAGUGUUGCUCCAAUCUGCAAGACAAAGCAAAAUAUAUGAAAACCCCUUCGUAUAGUAUUCAAAUCGGUAUUGCUUGACGGAAGGUGAUUACAACAAAUACUGGUGAUUGUUUAAUGAGAUCAAGAGACUUUGAUUGUUUGUUUGGCUAUAGAAGUGUUGGCUUUCCUUAGAAUUUACUCAUAAAUGUGAUUACAAAUUCAUAUAAAAUGAGAAGGGUAUGUGCCUGCUGCUUCACAAGCUCAUCUCCCAACAUCAAACGUCAGAAUCCCAACAGUGACAAGCCUUCUCAGAGCUCUGUUGUGACCAUGAGAACCACUCAACAAAAUAAUGCCACUCAACUUCCAAAGGAUGUGGAAGAAACUCCGGCCAAAUUAAGUCCUCCACGUGCUGCCAAUAUUUUACAGAACCACGACUUCUCAAUGGGGCUACAACAUUGGCACCCCAAUUGCUGUAAUGGCUAUGUAACAUUGGCCAAGUCAAAUAACCUGGAUGAAGCAUCCCAUAGUUCAUGUGCUAGGUAUGCCAUUGCUACCGAUCGAAAUGAAUGUUGGCAGGGACUGGAACAGGAAAUCACCAACAGUAUUAUCCCUGGUAUUACUUAUUCAGUUUCAGCAAUUGUUGGGGUAUCAGGAUCCCUUCAAGGAUUUGCUGAUGUCCUAGCAACUUUAAAGCUAGUGUACAAAGAUUCUACUAUAAACUAUUUGGGCAUUGGGAGAUCUUCUGUGUUGAAAGAUAAGUGGGAGAAGUUGGACGGGACAUUCUCCUUGUCAACCAUGCCAGACCGUGUUGUAUUCUAUCUGGAAGGGCCUUCUCCGGGUAUUGAUUUGCUUAUACAGUCUGUUGAGAUUACUUGUGCUAGUCCCAAUGAAAUGAAGAAAUCUGGGAAAGACAAUGCUAGUGAUGAGAAUAUUAUUCUAAACCCAAAAUUUGAUGAUGACCUCAAAAAUUGGUCUGCAAGAGGAUGCAAGAUUGUUGUACACGAUUCAAUGGGAAAUGGAAAAGUUCUCCCACAGUCUGGAAAGUUUUUUGCCUCUGCAACAGAGCGCACACAGAGUUGGAACGGCAUUCAGCAGGAGAUCACAGGAAGAGUGCAACGAAAGCUUGCUUAUGAUGUUGUUGCUGUUGUGCGUGUAUUUGGAAAUAAUAUCACCACUACUGAUGUACGAGCUACUUUAUGGGUGCAAACACCAAAUUCUCGUGAUCAAUAUAUCGGAAUUGCCAAUGUGCAGGCAACAGAUAAAGAUUGGGUACAAUUACAGGGGAAGUUUCUUUUAAAUGCUUCCCCAUCAAAAGUUGUCAUCUAUAUUGAAGGUCCACCUUCGGGAGUCGAUAUUCUUAUCGAUAGUCUUAUUGUCAAGCAUGCACAAAAGAUUCCUCCUUCACCCCCACCGUCUUAUGAGAAUCCAGCCUAUGGAUUUAACAUAAUUGAGAACAGCAAUCUAAGUAAUGGCACCAACGGAUGGUUUCCCCUUGGGAGUUGUACACUUAAUGUUGGAACCGGGUCACCGCAUAUUGUUCCUCCCAUGGCCAGAGAUUCCCUUGGUCCUUCUCAACCUCUAAGCGGUCGCUACAUUCUUGUGACAAAUCGCACGCAAACUUGGAUGGGUCCUGCUCAAAUGAUAACUGAUAAGGUGAAACUCUUUCUCACAUAUCAAGUGUCUGCUUGGGUAAAGAUUGGCUCUGGGGCAACCGGUGCGCAAAAUGUCAAUGUUGCACUCGGGGUGGAUAACCAAUGGGUGAACGGAGGGCAAGUCGAAAUCAGUGAUAAUCGAUGGCAUGAAAUUGGGGGUUCCUUUAGGAUCGAGAAGCAGGCAACAAAGAUAAUGGUUUAUAUACAAGGUCCUGCUCCAAGUGUUGACUUAAUGGUUGCUGGACUUCAAAUUUUUCCUAUUGACCGCCGUGCAAGGUUAAGAUAUUUGAGGACACAGACAGAUAAGAUCCGCAGGCGUGAUAUCACCCUCAAGUUCUCAGGAUCUAGCUCUAGUGGCACGUUUGUAAAAGUCAGACAAAUGCAGAACAGUUUUCCUUUCGGGACUUGCAUUUCUAGAACAAACAUUGACAACGAAGAUUUUGUUAACUUCUUUGUGAAGAAUUUCAAUUGGGCUGUGUUUGGAAAUGAGCUCAAGUGGUAUUGGACAGAACCACAACAAGGAAACUUAAACUAUAAGGACGCCGAUGAGUUAUUGGAUUUAUGCAAGAGCCACAACAUAGAGACCCGUGGUCACUGCAUCUUUUGGGAAGUGCAGGGUGCUGUGCAACAAUGGAUUCAGUCCUUAAACAAGAAUGAUAUGAUGGCUGCUGUUCAAAAUCGCCUUACAGAUUUAUUAACACGCUACAAGGGAAAGUUCAAGCACUAUGAUGUGAACAAUGAGAUGUUGCAUGGAUCAUUCUAUCAAGACCAUCUUGGCAAAGAUAUUCGAGCAGACAUGUUUAAGAACGCCAACAAACUUGAUCCAUCAGCUCUCCUAUUUGUGAAUGACUAUCACGUUGAGGACGGAUGCGACACGAGAUCUUCUCCUGAGAAGUACAUAGAGCAAAUUCUUCAACUACAAGAACAAGGGGCUAUAGUGGGAGGAGUUGGGAUCCAAGGGCAUAUUGAUAGUCCAGUGGGACCAAUUGUUAGUUCUGCUUUAGACAAAAUGGGAAUUCUAGGUCUUCCAAUUUGGUUCACAGAACUUGACGUGUCCUCCAUCAACGAAUACGUAAGGGCCGAUGAUUUAGAAGUGAUGCUUCGAGAAGCUUAUGCUCAUCCUGCAGUAGAAGGUAUAAUGUUAUGGGGAUUCUGGGAGUUGUUUAUGAGCCGGGACAAUUCUCAUUUAGUGAAUGCUGAAGGCGAGAUCAAUGAAGCGGGAAAACGAUACUUGGGUCUAAAACACGAAUGGCUUUCGCACGCAAGUGGACAGAUGGAUGGGACGAGUGAGUUCAAAUUCAGAGGCUUUCAGGGAACAUAUAACGUACAGAUCAUUGUCAAUGCCUCUAAGAAGAUAUCAAAGACAUUUGUAGUAGAGAAGGGAGAUACACCUGUGGAGAUAUCUAUAGAUAUGUGAAAGCACCCAUACCCAGUAGUGCUUCUGCUUGUGCUUGAAUACACGCGGUAGCACUGAACAUACAUUUUCAAAGAUGUGUGUAAUACAAUAAAUCCCUCCCCCUUCCAAUUUCGUCCCAAAUACUAAUUUGUAAUAAUAUCAGUUCCAAAAGAAUAAAUAAAUAUAUGUGUUGUUUUAUUUGUUGUGAA